UUUUGUGUUCUCGACGGACCGGUCGCGUUUCCCGUUCAUAUAUCUAAAGUUAGAAGCCCGUUUCUAUAAAUGUACAUUUGUUUUGUAUUUUGAUAUCGAAUCUCAAUUAUUUAUUAAGAAACGGUACUUUUGUAUGCGGGUUACACAUUAAUAAAGCCCAAGGGAAAUACCAACAAGCCGCAGCAACAACUCGUGAUCGAAAUUAAAUAUUGCAAUUUUAGUUUAUUAAAAUGACUUGGGGCUUUGUGACUUGUGGCCCAAACGAGGCAUUAGUUGUAUCAGGAUGCUGUUAUAUGAAGCCACUGUUAGUUCCAGGCGGACGCGCCUUUGUCUGGCCAUCGAUUCAACAAGUACAACGCAUUUCCUUGAACACGAUGACGCUGCAAGUGGAAAGCCCCUGCGUUUACACCAGCCAAGGCGUGCCCAUCUCUGUGACUGGCAUUGCCCAGGUGAAGGUGCAGGGCCAGAACGAGGAUAUGCUGUUGACAGCCUGCGAGCAGUUUCUCGGCAAAACCGAGGCGGAAAUUAAUCACAUUGCGCUCGUCACAUUGGAGGGACAUCAGCGCGCCAUCAUGGGCUCGAUGACGGUGGAGGAGAUCUACAAGGAUCGCAAGAAGUUCAGCAAGCAGGUGUUCGAGGUGGCAUCCAGUGACUUGGCCAACAUGGGCAUCACCGUGGUCUCCUACACAAUUAAGGAUCUGCGUGACGAGGAGGGCGACUCCAAGGGCUAUCUGAAAUCGUUGGGCAUGGCGCGCACGGCAGAGGUGAAGCGCGAUGCUCGCAUUGGUGAGGCUGAGGCACGUGCUGAGGCGCACAUCAAGGAGGCCAUUGCCGAGGAGCAGCGCAUGGCUGCCCGUUUCCUUAACGACACCGACAUUGCCAAGGCACAGCGCGACUUUGAGCUGAAGCGUGCUGCCUACGAUCUGGAGGUGCAAACGAAGAAGGCCGAGGCCGACAUGGCAUACGAGCUGCAGGCGGCCAAGACUAAGCAGCGCAUCAAGGAGGAGCAGAUGCAGGUGAAGGUUAUCGAGCGCACACAGGAGAUUGCUGUGCAGGAGCAGGAAAUUAUGCGACGUGAGAAGGAGCUGGAUGCCACUGUGCGCUGUCCAGCCGAAGCUGAAAAAUAUCGUCUGGAGAAAUUGGCCGAGGCCAACAAGCUGCGCGUCGUAAUGGAGGCCGAAGCUGAGGCUGAAUCGAUAAAGAUACGCGGUGAAGCUGAAGCAUUUGCCAUUGCUGCCAAGGCUAAGGCUGAGGCUGAGCAAAUGGCGAUGAAGGCCGACGCUUGGCGUGAAUACCGCGAGGCCGCCAUGGUGGAAAUGCUCUUGGACACGCUGCCGAAGGUGGCCGCCGAAGUGGCUGCGCCUUUGUCGCAGGCCAGGAAGAUAACCAUGGUGUCGAGUGGCCAAGGCGAUAUUGGUGCCGCCAAAUUGACCGGCGAGAUAUUGCAGAUUGUCAACAAGGUGCCGGAGCUGGUCAAGAACAUAACUGGCGUGGACAUUGCCAGGUCUGUGCAUGCUGGCUAAAUGUCCGAAAUCCAAUAUACUCUUCAAAAACACCACACCAAAAAUAAUAUUUCGAAACAAAAUUGAAAGAAAUUCUGCAAACGAUUAA